GACAAAUGAUAAACAGAAUAUACCCAUAUUACACAUCACAAAAGCUGUUAGAUAACAUACAAAGAAUUUGUAAAACAUGUAACAUUUGUAAAAGAAAUAAGUCUAGAGGUCAAACAAAAUAUGGAUUGAUGUCACACUUAGGCCCAGCUACAAAACCAUUUGAGAUAGUAUCGGUUGAUACAAUUGGCGGAUUUGGUGGCCAAAGAUCAACAAAACGAUAUCUCCAUCUUCUGGUCGACCACUUUACAAGAUAUGCAUGGAUUUUAACAUCAAAAACUCAAUCUGCAAAUGAUUUUAUAAAACUUGUGCAAAGCACUAUGGAAGUAGGAAAGAUAGAAAUUAUAAUGACAGAUCAAUACCCAGGAAUUAAUUCAAAAGAGUUUAAAAACUAUCUCAAGAACCAAGACAUUAAGCUUAUAUUCACAGCCCUAAAUGCACCGUUCUCAAACGGACUAAAUGAAAGACUAAAUCAAACAAUAAUUAACAAAAUAAGAUGCAGAAUUAAUGAAAAUACAGAAAAGAAAGCUUGGACAACGAUAGCAAAAGAGUGUAUAGAUAGAUAUAACGAAACAGAACAUUCAACUACGAGCUUUACACCAAAAUAUUUAUUAGAUGGAACAGACACAAGUCCACUACCAGACGAACUCAAAGAAGAUAAGACUGCAGAAGAUUGGAAAACUGAUAGAAAAUUAGCCUUACAGAAAACUAUAAAGUCACAUGAAUAUAAUAAAAGAUUGUUUGAUAAAAAUAGAAAAGAACAUGAAUUUAAUGAAGGAGACUUAGUAUAUGUUGAAAACGGAAAUAAACUAAACAGGAAAAAAUUGGAUGAACUCAGAAUUGGUCCAUUUGAAAUAAUAGAAAAGGUAUCAAACUCAAUCUACAGAAUAAAAACCGGGAGAAGAAACGAAGAAACAUCAUUGUUCCACAUAACAAAAUUACUACCAAUAGAGCAAUGAGCAUUGAAAAUCCUUCACGGAAUUUUCACGGCGGGAGGGGGAGAUGUAAAGAAAGUAUACUUUCUUCAUUUGAACCUGCCGCGCUCCGGACACAACGCGCCGCAUUUAACUAAUAUCCGCUAGAUGGAACAAUAGAAUGACAAAUGAAUUUGUCAUGGUGAAUUAAUAAACAGAUUGUAACAACAUAAAAGUGAUAAUUAAUAUAUAGAUGUUUAAGAGUGUUAAAGGAGUGAACAGAGAAGUGAUAAUAAUAAACUUUAAUUGUCGUUUCUUUGUUUUACAGAGAAACCAAUAGUUUAUUUUAUUGAACUUUUAACACCCUUAU